AUGACCAAAGAAAUGCCCCUGGUGGGCCAUAGCAUGGCGAUAUUUGCCGCUUCCGCAGUGAUGCUGGCGGUCUCUGUCAUAGCGGUCGCCAUGAGAUGCCUUGUUCGGUCUUAUGUGGUUCGGGCGUUUGGAUGGGAUGACGGUCUUAUGGUGGUUGCAUUGGGUCUAUUUAUCACGUUGACCGUAUCCUGUAUGAUCGGAGCAGAUAAUGGAAUUGGCCAUAAAAAUGAGGAUUUUAAGAGCAUGGUGACACUAAAAAAAGCGCUAUUGUUUUGGUGGCUUAAUCAAAUGUUUUAUCUAUGGGCAACUUCUCUGGCCAAGAUUUCUAUCGGCGUUGCGCUGCUUCGCCUGGCCGUUAAGAAAACUCACCGGAUCUUUGUCUGGGUAAUGAUAUCCACUGUUAUUGCCAUCGGUCUCAUGUUUUGGCUUGUGCUACUUUUCGACUGCAAACCGAUUUCCUACUUUUGGAAUCAAGUGGAUCUGACACAUUCUGGGACUUGUACAUCGAUCAACACUCUACUCGCCAUUGCAUACUUUUACAGCUCUGUCACGAUAGUGUGCGAUCUGGCCCUUGGUAUACUACCGGUCUUUCUAGUUUGGAACCUCCAAAUGAAUCAUAGAACAAAGAUUGCGGUUGGAGGUAUUCUAAGUCUGGGAGCUGUUGCCAGCGUGGCAGUUAUUAUUAGACUUCCCUUCCUACAUCACUAUGCUGACACCGAUUUCCUCUACUCCACCUAUCAAAUUGCUGUUUGGUCAGUGAUUGAAACGGGACUUGGAAUUACUGCUGGGAGCUUGAUGACUUUACGACCACUCUUCCGCUGGCUCUUAGACAGCAGCUUGUCUUAUGGACGAAAUGCGCACAGUGGCCGGACAAGCUCUCGAAAAUACACCCUCUCAAAACCGCACAGCCAUGAACUGAAUUCCCUCAGCAACCCCAGCUAUUGGAGACCAGAUAUUGACGCCGGUAAAGGUAUUGUGAAUACUGUUUCAUCGCCAAGGUCGAACGCCUUCGACGACGACAACAGCAGUCAGGAGGCCCUUUAUGUUGACCCGAGUCCGAUCAUCAAUCCAAACCGGGUCACCGUCCAACAAACCUUUGAUCAAGUCGUUUCUGAGCGAAAAAUAUAA